UUGAGGUUUUUGUUCAAUUUGGACAACAAUUGUGCGCUCGUAAUAGUUAUGGUUUUAAUUAAGUGGAAAGAAAUAUAUGUGGGGCGGUGUAGCCGAAUUAUGCACAUCUGUGUCUCAAGAAAACAAUUGUCCCUACAACAUAACUACCACACUUGAUACAAUUUGCUUUGCGGAGGGAGUUGUGCAAACAAAAUUAAUCCAAACAAAUGCAGAGAUUAUCGUAAUUGGUGAUUAACAGCAAUUCAUAAUUUUGGAAAAAUUAUUCAUGAYAUGAAAUUAUAGAGCUCAAAAUUUCUUUAUUGAAUUGCUGUACCGAAAUCUAUACCAUUGAAAGCAGCAAAUAAAACAGUUGUGAUGUGGUAGCCGUAGAAGUAUCCUCCAAAGAAUUUUGAGGAAUGUUUCGAUAUUGACAAGUCCUUAUCCGGUUCAUAUAUGCGCGUUACAUUGACGGACAAACUUUUACGAUGUCAAAACAUGGAUUUAACAUCUCAAAUGCAAGAUUUAUCAAAAGAGAUGCAGGAAAUGCGUGCCGACAUACAACAAAUAAAAGGUUUUAUGGAGCGGCAGAAUGAGGUAAUAGAUGAGUUAAUGAAAGGACAUCAGGAAAUGAUGAAACGCUUGGUGAAACAAGAAGAAGAGGCGGAAGAAGAGAAGAACAUCCAAAGACCUGUUUUUCCACUAAUGACACAGGAAGAUUUAGACAAUGCCGAAGCUUUUAUUGGAAUGGACGAACGAAAGAAAGAAGAAAUGACACGAUUUCUUAAACCAUUAUUGAUGCCGAUUGGUCUCAAGCAAAAGCUAGUGUAUGUGCUAUCUGAAGAGAUUAUUUUGAGUUAUAACCUCGAGGGUACCCAUGGCAAAAAGCGCAUGCUGCUUUAUCCAAAACUCUUAAGUGUGUUAUACAGCGCCACUGAUCGACCCGGCUGGUCCUAUAAAUUGUUCUUAGAUGAUUUGCGCAGAGGUUUUCAAUUUGGCAAGAAAAAACAUUUUAGAAAAAAGUGCGCAUCAAACAAAUUGAAUAAAACGACGAGAAAUCCRCUGUCGAGCGGUCCUGAGGAUGACAACAUGGAUUCAGACUACUAGAACCAAUUGACUUAUAUGCAUAUGCUUGUAUUUGUAGGUUAUAUCUAAGCUUAGUUUAAGUUUGUACUUAAGUAAAAAAUGAAGAUUAAUUUUGUAA